AUUUCAUUGCCCAUUCGAGAUCAAUAAGAUACGUAUUGAGGAACGACCAUGAUUAUUGAUAAAGAAAGUGGCGAACUUUACAGAUCGCGCGACUCUACGCGCGUAUCUGUCAAACUUAUUGUUUGACGUUGCAUGUCACAUUUACAACUUGUAACCAGCUGAUCCAUUAUGUGAGCAUAGAAUCGAAGAAAAGUGAAAGCAGAAUUCAACAGCCGACUAGAACUAGCUGUUAAAAUUACUGGGAUUUAAAGAACAGAUUCCGAUCGCAUUCAGUCGAGUCGUUCUGUGAUACACUUUGUGAUAGCUGCGACAUUCGAGCCAGUCCGAAAUGGACCCGUCGAAGGACGAGGCGCAGACGGAGGCAGCGCUGAUCGACAGUCUGUCCGCGGAGCAGAACUCGAGAUGCGAGUCACCGAAACGCGGCACCACCCUCUCCACCAGCACCAGCAGUUUCGAGGCACUGGACCCGCACGACCCAAAUCUGAGUCGCCUGGCGAACACGAUGUUCCAGAAGACGGGCGAGUACCUGCAGGAGGAGCUCACCGCUACCCACGCCGACUACCGGCUGCUGGAGCGUCUGAAUAAGGAGACCAUCGCCAAGUACACAGAACUGAAGAUUAUCUCGUCGAAUGUAGUGCAGUCAUUGGACUCGCUGAACGAUAAGUAUCAGAAGCUGCAGCCGAUCCUGGACAAUAUCAAUCAGAUUGACGACAGCGUAAGCAAACUGGAGCAAGCCGCGUAUAAGCUAGCGGCGUAUUCCAAGCGACUCGAGGCAAAGUUUAAGGAUCUCGAAAAGGAUACGAAGAGCAAAUGAAGCUGUAACUAUGAAUAUAUAAGUCACUGUAUCUUCAUGUACCUAUAUAUAACUGAUAAUAAUUAUCUUGGGCAACAAUUAUUACCAAGUAUGAAUGAUUGUGUAAAAAAAGACAUGUGAGAGCUAGCAAUAAUCCGAAAAGCAUAUGUCUUUCGUACAUUAUAUUUAUUAGUAUAUGAGACCUCUUAAACACGCUUACAAAACUUCUAUAAAAUCUUAGUUUGCCAUCCUCUUUGCAUAUCAUACAAUAUCUGACUUUUAUAAUUAACUUAUCGAUUAAGAGUGAUGUAUCUUAUUUAGUGCUCUAUCAAGCCUAAUCUUUCCUCUGCAAUAUAUUAAUAAAUCUCACAAUGUGCCUGUGUAACAAUAUAAGUGUAAAUAUAAUCAAUAUGUAAACCAAAAACGAAUAAUUAUAACUAUAUUUAACAAAAA